AUGGGUGGCUCCAGAGAACGUUCGCUAAGCCACGAUUCCGACAGCAGAAGACGUUCCCGCUCGUACUCGCGAGGUCGCAGAAGCAGAUCUCGAUCGGGGCGACGAAGCCGAUCCCCUGAUCGACGAAGAAGAUCUCGAAGUGACUCCCGGGGAUCGCACCGCGGAUCUCGACGAAGCCGAUCUGCUUCUCCAUCCAAGUACCGAAAGCAGCGACACUUUGGCGAUCGAAACGAUCCCAACAAAUCUCGAUGCUUAGGUGUUUUCAACCUUGGCCGAAGAACAACUGAAGACGAGUUCCGACGAACCUUCGAGCGAUAUGGAAAACUCGAGAGUUGCAAACUCGUUUACGACCAGAAGCGAGAAGAAUCCCGAGGCUUCGGCUUCGUCACUUUCGAAAAUAUUGAAGACGCGAUCUACGCCAAGAAAGAUGCCACAGGCAUGGACAUCAGCGGUCAUGAAAUCCGAAUCGAUUACAGUAUCACCAAGCGAGCUCACAGCCCUACUCCUGGUUGCUACAUGGGAUCGAAGGGUGGCAGAGGCGAUCGACGAGGUUACCGACGAUCCCGCAGCCGUGACCGCUACUCUCGCCGAUCUCGCUACAGCCGAAGCCGAUCUCGGGAGCGAAGACGGUCUCCCUCGCCUUACCGCCGCCGAUCGCCAUCCCCUUACUACUCUUCCCGACGAAGCCGAUCCCGCUCUCGCUAA